GACGCCCUCUAGCGAACACUUCACGGCGAACAGCGUCAACAUCCAUUGCCUCUAAAUGAAAUGCACCGGCCAAACACAUCCGUUUUAAAAAAAUCGUACUGAAUUGAAGGUAAUUGGGCGUGUGUAACUUGCCUCACUACUGGAGGACGUGUGAGUGCGGGGAUGCGUCGUGAAGAGCUAGGAUCAGACUUGACACAUAAGCGCCUUCUGACAAGCGGACGAUUCUUCUUCGCGUCCAAGGACGCGCCACCGAUGAACACCUUUACAGUGAGAUUUACAGCGAGUCGUUCGGAGAAAGAGAUGCACUAGAGUCUAGAGUGGAGGGGGACACCAGGUGUCUUCAGAGGAAGGACGCGCGCGCUGUUAUUUGGGCGUUGUGGGAGCGCGCGAGGGGUGUACUACAGGCGUUAUCCGGUGGGUGGGUUUUUUACGCGCGUUUUUUUACUACUGUUUUCCUCCAAAUAACGGGGACGCAGGUGGAAAGGAGCCCACCUAUUUCCGCGACGCUCUCAGGGCACAGAGGGUUUUACGCCCCCCGAGAAACUGAGAACACACUAACACACACGCGAACACAAACACAAUGCCUUUUUUUAUUCGGUUUGUUCCUUUUGUCCAUUGAGUUGUGAAUCCACAACAGGGGGGAAGCGGAGGACCGUGACGAGCACAGAUGACAUGAAAAGAGCAAUUGUGGGCGCACUGGUUUUGUAAAGCGAACAACUGAGAACCAUGACGGACCAGUACAGCAUGUUUCUGAACACGGCCCCCCAGCUGCGCCGGGGCAGCACGCCGCUGCCCGUCAAGCACCAGCUGAGGCGGGAGGAGGCCGUGUCCGAGGACUGCGAUUGGAUCCCCGGUCUGGAGGUCCCGCCCUCCACGCUGCCCAUCAGCGACAUGGGGUCGCCCCGCGGCGAGUCGGCCGGCGGUCUGAUGGUGGCCACGCCCACGUAUGGCGGUCAGCACGCCCACCACAGCGGGGCGCUGCGGAUCGUGCUGCUGGGGCAGACCGGCGUGGGGAAGUCGUCGCUGGCCCUCUCCCUCGCCGGCCAAUCGGAUCGCUCGCUGUCUAUUGACUCCGAGACACCAGCCUGCGGUAAGUGCGUGUGUGUGUUCAUCGACCUGUCCGGGCUGCAGUGUGACGUAUGUGUGCUGGUGUUCUCGGUGACGGACAGGCGGAGCUUCCACCGCACGGCCCAGCUCCGCCUCCUGCUGCGGGAGUCGCUGCCCACCACGCCCAUCAUCCUGGUGGGCAACAAGAGCGACCUGGUGCGCUGCAGGGAGAUCAGCACUGAGGAGGCCCACUCCAGCGCCAUGAUGUUCGACUGCCUCUACCUGGAGCUGUCCGCCUCCCUGGACCACGGCACCGGGGAGCUGCUGGAGAGCGUGGUGCGGGCCGCCCGGGGCGACUCCGUGGGCCCCGGAUGGACCGACGGGGACCCCGGCUCGGGCCGCAGGGAGAGCCUGACCAGCAAGGCCAAGCGCUUCCUGGCGGGCCUGGUGCCGCGCUCGUACGGCCGCGACCGCGACCGCGGCCGCUACCGCGAGAUGAGCCGCCAGCGCGGCAGCAAGAUACUGCGGCAGAAGUCGCGGUCCUGCCAUGACCUGAGCGCCCUGUGACACCCCCCCGCCCCCCCACCCUCCUCACCGUGCGGCGUGCAGGAACAAACACACACACACACACACACACACACACACACACACACACACACGCACACAAAUACACACUCACAGGCAUGCAUGUAUAUGUACAUACAUUGACACAUACAUGCAUCAAUGCAUACUUACGUACAUACGUACGUACGUACAUACGUACGUACAUGCAUCCAUGGCUUUGUAUGCAUAGUACACUCACACAAACACGCAUACAGGGGACCCACAUACGUACGUAUGCCUAUUUUUGAACACGGCGAGUCAUAUACAUCACACACACUGGACUAAGACCAUGAGAGGAGGGGAGGACAGGGAGGGAGGGAGGGAGGAAAAAUGGAUGAAUCAGAGGGAGAAAGGGAGGACAGUUUGAGGGGGAGUAGGGGGGGAAGGAGGAGGGAGACGAGAAGAGAUUCAAGAGCUGCAAGGGGAAAGAGAAAGAGAGAGAGAGAAACAGAAGAAAUUGGUCUGAGCUGUGCUAAAAAAAGUCAAGUCCAAGUCCAGCAAUUAGAUAACAGCAGAAGGACAGAGAGGUUCAUUAAUAGAGGGACAAAGAGAAGCCCAGUGGGAGCCAGGGGAUCGGUAGAAUAAGCCCUGAUGCCAUUUUCAAUGAACUGCAGUCUGCUGUUAGCCCUGAUGAUGUUUAAUAGCAGGAGAAAGGGAGCAGGAGGUGAGUCUCAUCAAGCAGCUGAAUGGACAGAUUAUGGGGACAAAAUGGCAGCGACGGGGAGAGAGAAUCUGGAGAAACCAAUUCACACGUGCACACGCACCCCUGUGACUCGGAUUAUGUAGAGAGCUGAUAGCCAUCUAACGUAGUUCUACGCUAGGUGUCUCUCGGUGAUAGCAAGCUAUCCCCCCGCUAGUACACAACUUUAGAGAGUGAAGAGACGACGACCCUAUCGACCCAAACAGAGACGCUUUUUGAGAGGCACUAAAGGCGGACCGGCAGUGCUGGCAGCGGCUAACUACCACAGCGAACCCGAACAGUUUUCGCAAUUCACGACGCAAUCCGUGAUCAAUUCUCAUUUCACGCUCACUGCGAUCAGACACGACAUUGCGCAGACUGUUUUUCAGGAGAUUCACCCCAAAAAUGAGGCUAGCAUGUCACGGCUGAUGGUUUCGGACAUCGAACACUGCCCCCACCCCCCCCACACCACCACCAAACUCUCCCCCCUCCCCUGAGCACCUUCACCUGGGACUUGAAACGCGAGGUGCCGGAUCGAUGCCGCGUAGCGCUGCUUUGUGAGCCUGCAAUCACAAGAAGAUCCCUUUAAGUGAGAAAAUAUGGAUUUUAGAGCGAGGUUUUAAAAAUGAAAAUAACGAAAUAAAUGAAACGCCAUUAGGUAAUGAUUAUAUCAACCGGUUACGACCGGUUCAAACUGUCUUCGCCGACUGAAAACUGGACAAAAAGUUGGACAAUAAUAUUUACAAAACAAAACCUUAACUACCUGUGGCUGUUUCUUGUUUGUCUUAUUCCCAUUGGUUCAUUUGAUUUUCUUUGCUUUUAUUUUCUUGGCUGACAAUACCGUGUUAGUAGCGUUGCUUUGUGAGGCCCAACUGAACGACACGAAUACCGUUAAAGUAGGCUUGAGAACGCUUCGGAGGCUCAUGUCUGACACACAUCUGCGUCUGUCGCCGUUGACUGAGCACUCUCUCUUUCCGAGGGGAAAUCAAUUUGUAUUUUGACGUGGUUAACGGGUGUCUCGUCCUUGUUUUUCCUCUGUGGUCAUGAAUUAAUGAAUUCAUGAAUAAACUAGUUAUUUUAUCUUGUUACGGGGGUUAUUACGCGAUGACGAGUUGUCACUGGAAUGCGAUGAAGCAUAAGUGUUAUUUGCAUUUUCAUUCGAUUUUUUUUUACUUUGUUUGAAAUGGUUUACUGUCUGUACCAAUAACUAAUUAACAUACAUCAACAGACAAUCCCCAUGGAGAAAUAAACAUAAUUCAUGUU